GGAGGGUGGCGUGAACGGGCUUCCAUAGUUAUCAUCCAGGUUAUGUAGCAUAGAGUUUCAAGAAUAUUGCACAGUCAUUAUGGAGCGCGAACGCCUAUGUUGGAUGGAUGUACUAGGCAGCGAUACCCCGGGUGGAAAAGAGAGUGCAUUCAAACUGGUUUUCAUAGGGACUGAGUAACUUCUUUAACUUACUUCCUGGUGUAACAAACCGUUAGCAGGAAGAACUGCGUGUCUGGAAAAUAAAACGGACACGUGGAUUAUCAUUGCUCCUCUAGUUCCAGGCAAGAGCCACGGAAAAAAAACAUCCUCUUUGUGGCUAUCUGUUCUUAUUCUCCCGUGCUCUUCAUCUCAUCACACUGCAAUACAAUAAUGGAUCCUCGUUAAACGAAAGGAAAUGAUAAGUGGGCGCGAACAUCGAUCAAAGCGUUUCUUUUUGUCGGCUUUCCUCACUCAUUCCAUAGCCCACUGAACUGCGACGUGCAGGAAAAAGCAAAUCUCAAACAUUAGCAUCUCUUGUUGAAUGGCAAUUCUGCAAAAACAUGGAAAGAUCUCUGGUCCAGAUUUGGUCUGCCUCAAAGAAACCCCGUCAGACACAAUCGGUGACGCCGGAGGUCAUCAGAAGAAUUGGAGUGAACAUAACACGAACUGGCCCAGACCCCUGGCGCGGGUAUGGACGGUGGUGCUACUGCUGGGGACCUGUCUGCUGUACUGUGCCCGCGUGGCCAUGCCCAUCUGUGCCGUCAGCAUGGCCGAGAAGUUUAACUGGACCAAGAGGGAACAGGGCAUGGUGCUGGGCAGCUUCUUCUGGGGCUACUGCUUCACACAGGUCCUUGGAGGCUACGUCAGCGACAGGGUUGGAGGUGAGAAGGUGCUCCUGCUGUCUGCGGCGGCCUGGGGGGCGAUGACAGCCUUCACGCCCGUCCUGGCCCACUUCUGCUCUCAGCCCAUCUUCUCCAUGACGCUGGCCCGCUUCCUGAUGGGGCUGCUGCAAGGUGUGCACUACCCGUCUCUGGUUAGCCUGUGUUCUCAGAAGGUGGUGGAGAGUGAGAGAGGAUUCCUCAUGAGCACUGUGGGCAGUGGCUCCUAUCUGGGGACACUGGUGAUUGGGGGGGCUGGUUCCCUCAUGCUGGACCUGUAUGGUUGGGAGAGUGUGUUCUACGUGUCUGGUCUGCUCUCUGUCCUCUGGGCGUACUGCAUAUGGAAAUACCUGCUCAAAGGGGAAGGACCUAUCAUCACAUUGGAGUCGCUGGGUCGUGGAGGGCCCCGGUCCAAACUCUCCAAGAGACACUGGCUACGUCUCUUCAAACAACCUGCUGUCUGUGCUGUGAUUAUUACGCACCUUUGCACUGCGAGCACCUUCUUCACAAUGUUGUCAUGGCUACCGACUUACUUCAAGGACACCUUCCCUGAUGCCAAGGGUUGGGUGUUUAAUGUUAUCCCAUGGUUUGUGGCCAUCCCCUCUUCUCUCUUCAGUGGCUGUCUCUCUGACCACCUUAUCAGCCGAGGGUUUGACACUGCUGCUGUGAGGAAGCUUAUGCAGUUCUUCUCCAUGGGUGUGUCCAGUGUGUUUACCCUCCUGCUGUGUGGCACCACCACCUUCCCCACAGCUGUGGCCUUUGUCUCUGCCACCAUGGGCCUCACCACCUUCAGCCACAGUGGUGUGUCUGUGAAUGUUCAGGACCUGGCUCCGUCAUGUGCUGGGGCUCUGUUUGGUGUUAUGAAUACCUGUGGAGCAUUCUCAGGUGUGCUGAUGGUGUAUUUCUCGGGGUAUCUGAUUGAGGCUACAGGGUCGUGGGCGUCUGUCUUCACCCUCAUCACUGUGGUGAACCUGGUGGGCCUGGUCACCUUCCUGGCCUUUGCUGAGGCCCGCCGGGUCGACAUGGACUCUUCCAAGGGCCACUACCACGACAUCCACAUCUGAGUCCCAACCCCUGGUCCCUCAACAACCACCUUUUAAACUGAGGGGCCAAAACGGGACCAGGUCCCACACUAUCCGCAUCUGAGUCCCAAGCCCAGGUCCCUCAACAACCACCUUUUAAACUGAGGGGCCAAAACGGGACCAGGUCCCACACUAUCCACAUCUGAGUCCCCAAAACAGGACCAGAACCUAUGCCCAUGUACCACAGAAUGCACACGGGAGACUUAAAUAUAGAAAGAGAACAGCGAGAGCCUUGGUCUGUUGAAUGUAUCAAAACAUCCACAUCAGAAUUUGAGAAGUGAAAGAAGUGAAACAGUAGUGAAAGUCAAUCCUAGAUGUUUGUCAGAUCAUAGUCAGUGCUUCUUCUAUAUUAAUUUAACAACUCAAUUGUUUCUCUCUAUAUAGACAUUUGUGGAUUUGGCCAUUUCAGCUACACCUGUUGCUGACAAGCACACAGCCAUGUCAUCUCUAUAGACAAACAUUAGCACAGUAGAAUGGCCUUACUGAAGAGCUCAGUGACUUUCAACUUGGCACCGUCAUAAGAUGUCACCAGUUUGUCUAAUGUCUGCCCUGCUAGAGCUUCCCCGGUCAAAUGUCAGUGCUGUUAUUGUGACGUGGAAACGUCUAGGAGCAACAACGGUCGCAAAAUGGUACGCCACACAAGCUCACAGAACGGGACUGUCGAGUACUGAAGCACGUAGAAAUCAUCUGUCCUCAGUUACAAUUUUCACUACCGAGUUCCAAACGGCCUCUGGAAGCAACGUCAGCACAAGAACUGUCGGGAGCUUCAUGAGAAGGGUUUCCAUGGCCGAGCAGCCGCACACAA